UCGCAUGGAGUGAGAAUGAUUUUGUUAAGUCUCGUAGGGUGGCUCAGAUAUCAAAAUCAACUUACGUCUACCAAUAAUCCUUCUGAAGAAACCAUAAUCGAAUUCCAACCUCUAACUUCUUACUAUCUCACCAUGGCAGAGCAGCAUAAUAAGAAGCUUCACAUAGCCAUGUUUCCAUGGCUAGCCUUUGGUCACAUAGUCCCAUUCUUUGAGCUUGCAAAACUCAUUGCUCAAAAGGGUCACAAAAUCUCUUUCAUUUCCACUCCCAGAAACAUUCAACGCCUCCCUAAACUACCUGUAAAUUUACAACCUCUUGUGGAUUUCAUAGAGCUCCCACUACCCCAUUUAGACAAACUCCCUGAAAAUGCAGAGGCCACCAUGGACCUUCCAGAGCACCUUGUUCCAUAUCUCAAGAAGGCUUUUGAUGGUCUUGAAGAACCUUUGACUAAGUUUCUAGAAAGAUCCACACCUGAUUGGAUCUUACAUGACGUUGUACCUCACUGGUUACCCCCAAUAUCCUCUAAGCUAGGCAUUUUGUGCAUCCUUUUCUCUAUUUUUUCUGCAUUUGGUAUAUCUUUUGUUUUAGAUUUGUUAUCACGAAACCCUUCUGUGUUCCCUGAACAAAAUGAAUCAGGGGUUUCAGAUAUAUUCAGGCUCCAAGAAACCAUUCGAGGUGCUCAAGUGUUUGCUCCAAGAAGCUGCAAGGAGAUUGAAGGUGAGUCUCUGAAAUCACUUGAAAGUAACUGCAUGAAACCUGUCAUCCCAGUUGGGUUAUUGCCACCCUCACUAGAUUUCAGUGAAGAAAGGAGUGAUGAAAACUGGGAUACAAUUGUUAAUUGGUUAGAUAAACAGGAGAAAGGAUCAGUGAUUUAUGUAGCAUUUGGAAGUGAGGUGACACUAAGUAAUGAAGAUUUUACUGAGUUAGCUUUGGGAUUAGAACUAUCUGGUUUUCCCUUUUUUUGGGUUCUAAAGAAGCAAAAUAGUGACUCAGCUGAUUCACAUGAUUGGAUUGAGAAUCAGUCAAAUAAAAAGGGAAUGGUGUGGAGAACAUGGGCCCCACAGAUGAGGAUAUUAGCUCACAAGUCUAUUGGGGGAUUCUUGACUCACUGUGGUUGGAGUUCAGUCAUAGAGGGUCUUCAAGUUGGGUGUCCACUUAUUAUGUUGCCCUUCCAAAAUGAACAAAUGUUAGUUGCUAGAUUUAUGGAAGGGAAGAAGUUGGGGGUAAAAGUAUCCAAAAAUCAACAUGAUGGAAAGUUCACUAGGGACUCAGUGGCCAAGGCAUUGAGAUCAGUGAUGUUGGAAGAGGAAGGUAAAAGUUAUAGAUGUCAAGCAGAGGAGUUGAGUAAGAUAGUUGGGGACAAAGAGCUGCACCAAAAAUAUGUAGAUGAGUUUGUUGAUUAUAUGGAAAUUCAUAGGCUUGCCAUUAAGGAUUAUUAGCUUUAAUGAUUUCCCAUUCAUGUGUUGACUGGAAUGAACAUUCCAUCUUGUGAAAUUUAUUCAUGAAUCUGGUAUCCAGGAUUUCAGUUGUAAUAUCAUUGGGGAACCAACUCAUCGUGAAAGAAGGUUUGAUAGCUGUUUGUGAUUGUGAUUUGUGAUGUCAACCUGGGCAUAAUUUAAAUUUUGCUUUUAGUCUAACGAUUUGCUGCACUACUCAGAAAUCCAUAUGAUUAUCUAAUGAGUCAGUUGUUUGAUGUCAGAAACAUGUAUUACUCGUGCCUUUUCAAGGCUCCUUUCAAUCUAGAAUUUAUUUGAGACUUUCAA